AUGUUUAUUGUUAAAACGCGUCGGAGCACCGACGUCACCGACAUUUUGGUGGCAGCCGUUGAGACUCGUCCCUCGCCACUCUCCUAUCUCCAUCUGCUGCAAGGUGGCGGAGUGGUCGGCGACGAUGGAACCGAAUUCGCUCCAGCUGCCGUGCGAUGGGUAUACAAGGUCGCCAGGGGCUUGUUGCCCCUGAGUAUCGGAGUUUACGGUGCAGGCCUCGAGCCAGACUCUAGAGACGCCGCGCUGGCAGCCAAGGCUUUUGGUCUGAACUGGCCGCGCCUGGCUCGCCUCAAGCACAGCUUGGACCAGCGCAAUAUGCUGGCUUACGCCUGCCCGCUCCUGAAAGCACCAAUGAAACAGAAGCUCAUCAUUCUUAUCACGGGUGAAAGCUGCGCCAGUGAAGUCUUUUGCACUGACAUCUGGGUCUCUGUAUUCCUCACAUGCACUCACAGAAGCCUCAAGGUGCGCGCAGUCAGCAAUAGUGAUGUGACCAAGCGAGAAUACGCGACAGCUGCCGGUGCCGACCUGAACUGCCUGCUUCGGAACCGUGCCUACAAAGAGCAACAUUGGCCAGGGUUGACAGCGUUCUUCCAGGGCCAGGUGCGGCAUCAACCUCGGCUACCAGAGGAGCAUUCUCUAAAUGUGGUCUACGGCGCCGUAGAUUUGGAUGUGCUGCUAAUCACCGGGAUAAUAGAUGAGGCCCCGGUUGCAACGUGGCCACAUUUGGUGCCAUAUAGCAGACUGCUCGAGGUUCGCGUCAAAGCUAGCCAAGAGACGCGGCGUGCUCAUCGAGGGUGUAACGGUGUUGAUGAUUGA